GGAGUUGCCUUUUCUAUUGGAACUUUUAUGAACUAGGUGCUCUGCUUAUUGACAUUAUUUGGAACCUAACUUAAUCCGUUUGACCCAACCAAAAACACGAAUCACAAUGAAUUUACUUAUUUCAUUUUUCUUUGCCACCAUUGUGAAUAUUCAAGGGGCAGAUUGGUGCUACCAGUCCCAGGUUACAUGCAGUGGCAACUGCACAGGACCUGAUGGUUGGGCAACGGUUGCUGGGACAUGUGACGGAAGAGCCCAGUCUCCAAUUAACAUUGUGACGAGAAAAACCCUACCAGACGGACGCCUUACACAAUUCACAUUCACUGGGUACCAAGAGGCCUUCCACGGUUUCAUCACAAACAAUGGUCACACUGUUCAAGUGGACCUGCCUGCCACAGCGAAGGUUCAGGGUGGAGAUCUGGCGGUGCCAUACAAGGCAGUACAGCUCCACCUGCACUGGGGCAAAGAUGGAGGCCCUGGAUCAGAGCACACUAUUGAUGGAGAACGAUAUCCCAUGGAGCUGCAUAUUGUUAAUAUAAAAGAGGAAUACAACUCUUUGGCUGAAGCUCUGAAAGACACUGCAGGGGUUGGAGUUCUUGGAUUCUUUUAUGAGGAAUCAAGAAGCUCCAACAAAAAAUAUGACACCAUUGUAAAUGCUCUGAACACUAUCAAACAUCCCAGCUCAAACACUACCCUUAGUGAAGUGUCCCUGGACAUGCUCAUCCCCUCUCAGAGUAAUAUGACCAGCUACUUCCGCUACAAUGGCUCUCUCACCACACCCGCCUGUGUAGAAUCUGUCGUCUGGACAAUGUUCGAAAAUACCAUUCCUCUCAGCAGGCAACAGCUUGCUGCAUUUUCUCAGCUUCAGUUUGCUGAUGGAAAGCCUAUGGUGGGAACCUAUCGCCCAGUCCAGCUAUUGAAUGGUCGCCAGGUGUAUCGCUCUGGAAGUCAAGUUGUCUUAGUCAGUACUCUGCUACUCAUCACCUCUGUGAUAUCAGCCAUUGGACUCCCACUGCCCAACUAAAUACCAGGAUCUUUGGAUUUGGGUAUCAGUGAAUUAGAGAGUGCCUGAUAUUGCCAAAAUCUCAAAUGCUUAUAUUUCGCAUUGCUAUGCAGAUGUUCUCUUUCAAGUUUACUUUACUUGCCAAAUUAUAGUUGAUACAAUUUAUUCAAGGGGGUAAUGUGUUUAAGGACACAGUGUAACGGCGUUCAUCGUUUGUUGAAAGAGAGUCGGACCCGAAAUGCAGCGUGGUGGUUACUCAUGUCUUUAAUGUAAAAGAUAGCGAUACAUGAAAUAACUUAAAUAAAUACAAAACAACAAACGGAACGUGAAAACUAAUUACAGCCUAUCUGGUGAACACUACACAGAGACAGGAACAAUCACCCACGAAAUACAAAGUGAAACCCAGGCUACCUAAAUACGGUUCCCAAUCAGAGACAACGAGAAUCACCUGACUCUGAUUGAGAACCACCUCAGGCAGCCAAGCCUAUGCAACACCCCUACUCAGCCGCAACCCCAAUAACUACAAAACCCCAAUACGAAAUACAACAACAUAAACCCAUGUCACACCCUGGCCUGACCAACUAAUUAACGAAAACACAAAAUACUAAGACCAAGGUGUGACACACAGCAUAAAUAAUGCACCAAGACAUUUAAUAUUUUUAUUGUUAUGUAUAAAAUAAUACUUGAGAGGGCAUUGAUCCAAGCAUUGUUUUGACCCACUUAUUAACUUCUUCAUAUCAUUAUUGUUAAUAUGUAGUUAACUUCAUAAACUUCCUAUUGUUAUUGAACGGCGUGACACACAGCAUAAAUAAUGCACCAAGACAUUUAAUAUUUUUAUUGUUAUGUAUAAAAUAAUACUUGAGAGGGCAUUGAUCCAAGCAUUGUUUUGACCCACUUAUUACCUUCUUCAUAUCAUUAUUGUUAAUAUGUAGUUAACUUCAUAAACUUACUAUUGUUAUUGAACGGUCAAUGUCAUUAUGUGACCUGUGCUUUCCACAGAACCAGCAGCACAACUGGUGAGAAUCAGUAUCAAAGCCCUGGAACUCUGAUCUAUAUUGUCCGGUAACAAACCACAUCCAUGUAUUUUUUAUAUAAAUAAAAUCAAAUUGUAUUGGUCACAUACAUAUGAUUAGCAGAUGUUAUUGUGGGUGUAGCGAAAUGCUUGUGCUGCUAGCUCUGACAGUGCAGUAAUAUCUAACAAAUUACACAACAUAUACCCAAUACACACAAAUCUAAGUAGGAAUUAAGACUAUAUACUUAUAGACGAGGGAUGUCAGAGCGGAAUAGACUGUAGAAUAGUAUAGAGAUGAGUAAUGCAAAAUACAGUAUGUAAACAUUAUCAAGUGAAUGAGAUACUGUAGAAUAGUAUAGAAAAAGUAUAUACAUAUGAGAUGAGUAAUGCCAGAUAUGUAAACAUUAAGUGGCUAAGAUACCGUAGAAUAGUAUAGAAUACAGCAUAUCCAUAAGAGAAGAAUAAUGCCAGAUAUGUAAAUAUUAUUAAAGUGACUAGUGCUCCAUUAUUAAAGUGGCCAGUGAUUUCUA